ACGCGUCCAGUGGAAAUGACAAACCAGAGGCUCUCCGCGGGCCAGCAUGUCAGAUAAUAAACAGUGAUCAUGGGCUUAAGCCACGGCACCUUAUCCGACACCGUCAUCCUGGGACACUGACGAGGCUCCGUUGUGCCGCUCUGUUGGUCUGCGGACGCCUCAAAGUUGGAGCGGGCUCGCCAAAUGGACGUCAAUGGACUGGAAUGAAAGCUCCACUUCUUCUUCUAUCGGACUGAAGGAAGGAGGGAAAGAAACCUCUGCAUGUUCAAGUUUCCUGCUCCAACCAGAGGGGCAUCGGUGCGCGCGUGUUGGAUGUGUGUGGAAGUGUGUGUCGGGUGCGUGUGUGUGCGCGCCCGCAGGAACAGCAGGAGCGGCGGCGGCGGUGGUGGUGGUGGUGGCCGCGGGAAGGGAAGUUUAGCGCCGUGAUUUUUCUUCUUUUCUUCUAUUCUGUUGUGUUUUUUCAUGUCACAGCAGGGGACGGGCGGAUUAACGUUUCCCUGAUGAAAAUUAAUCAUCUGUGGAGAGGCUCUGUGAUCGUGACUAUGAUGAUGAUGUCGAGUAAGAGCGUGGAGUGGCUGCAGGAGGAGCUGGAGUCCGGGGCCAGCGCUCUGCUGCUGCUGGACUGCAGACCCCAUGAGCUGUACGAGUCCUCGCACAUCGAGUCGGCCAUCAACCUGGCCAUCCCGGGCCUCAUGCUCCGGAGGCUGAAGAAGGGCAACCUCCCCAUCCGCUCCAUCAUUCCCAACAACGAGGACAAGGAGAAAUUUGUCAAGCGAUGCAAGACGGACGUGGUGGUCCUGUACGACGAGGCGACCUCGGAGUGGCAGGAGUCCGGACUGGGGAGCUCCGUGCUGGGGCUGCUCCUGCAGAAGCUGCGGGACGACGGGUGCAAGGCUUUCUAUCUGGAGGGGGGCUUCAACAAGUUCCAGUCGGAGUACCCCGAGCACUGUGAGACCAACUUAGACUGCUCCUGUCCCAGCAGCUCCCCACCAGCCUCUGUUCUGGGUCUGGGAGGACUUCGCAUCAGCUCUGACUGCUCUGACGGGGAAUCUGACCGCGAGCCGGGCAGUGCCACGGAGUCAGAGGGCAGCCCCCUCCCCAACAACCAGCCAGCUUUCCCUGUCCAGAUCCUGCCGUACCUUUACCUGGGCUGUGCCAAAGACUCCACCAACCUGGAUGUGCUCAGCAAGUACAAUAUCAAAUACAUCCUCAACGUGACGCCCAACCUGCCCAACAUGUUCGAACACGAAGGCGACUUCAAGUACAAACAGAUCCCAAUCUCCGACCACUGGAGCCAGAACCUCUCGCAGUUUUUCCCCGAGGCCAUUUCAUUCAUUGACGAGGCACGCUCAAAAAAGUGCGGCAUCCUGGUCCACUGCCUGGCCGGGAUCAGCCGCUCGGUGACCGUCACGGUGGCCUACCUGAUGCAGAAACUCAACCUGUCGCUCAACGACGCCUACGACUUUGUCAAGCGGAAAAAGUCAAACAUUUCCCCCAACUUCAACUUCAUGGGCCAGCUCCUGGACUUUGAGCGGACGCUGGGCCUUAAUAGCCCCUGUGACAACCACUCGUCCUCCCCAACGCAUGACCAGCUCUUCUUCACCACCCCGACCAAUCACAAUGUGUUUCAACUGGACACGCUGGAGUCCACAUGAAAAUCAGAGGGGAGACUGUCCCCUUUUUUGGGGAGGGGGUCAAGGUGGUGUUGUUACCAUGGUAACAAGCGGCUGCAUUGGAGGAGAGCAGCCAGUUUUAAUGAAUGUUUUAGCCUCCUGAGGCUCGUUGUCUGAGAGCCUGGUCACGGAGCAGCGUGGAAGGGGACAGGGGAGGUCACAGAUGCCACGUUAAAGGGGAAGGGGAGUUUUUUUUAACCCAGAGCGGGGGAACUGACAGAUGGGUUUACGACGGCGUCCUCCUCAGAGUUGACUGAAUUUGGAGGAAGAGCUCUGAUCAACCUGAGAGGAGGAGACUUAACUGACUGAGAAACUGAGCGAAGGUCGCAGCAGGACAGACAGCUUCAUACAAAGAUAAGAACAUGGAAAAAUCUACAGCGUUCGAUUUGUGAGACAACAGCAUCCUCUCUGUCUUUCUGUCUCAGCUCUUGAGCUGAGCUGACUGGUGCCAAGUGGAGAAUCUGGGAUUUACUUGUAGGAAAUCUCGCUCUACUGAAUGUAGAGUUUUUAAAAAACCAAGGAAUUAACAUACACACAUGCGCGCACACACAUAAACAAAGUAUGUAUGUUUGUACUGUAAGUACUGUAUGUAUGUAUGUUAACAUACAUAGCAGAAAAUGUAUGGGCAGUCCUUAACAAAUUCAGUAUGUCUAUAUGCAUUUUUGUAUAUUUUUGUGUACAUUUACACACAAAUCUAUACCUUAUAUAAAUAUAUACGCAUAGAAAUCUUAUCUUUGUCCAAAAGCAAAGUAAUCCAAUCCAAUAAUGGCUUGAGAGAUUGUAAAACUAAAAAGGGGGAGUGGGUGUGGCGAUGCCAACAAAGGAACGUUGUGAUAUUCCUAGUUUUCUAUUCUUUUUUCUUCUUUUUUUUUUUGUUCAUUUCGUUUUUCUUUUAGAUUUGUAAUGACUUAAUGCAGUUUGCACAGUGGUGUAGCCAUUGACUUGUUGGCACUUGGAGCCAGUGCUGGAAGCAGGCAGAUAAAGAGACAUUCAGAGAAGAGGAGGGGAGAGAGGAGAGGCCAGUCCCAGGCUGCGACGAGUCCCGACAGCUGCACCGUGCAGUGGGGAGGGAGCAGGAACUGGGCCCUGAGCAAAGAACGAGGUUCAGGGUUCAGGGUUGGGUUAGAGGCUAAGACAGACAGUGGGUAAGACCAGGCACAUGGUUUGGAGUUGUCAGUUGAAAUGUGGUUGGGAAUGGGUGAAGACACUGCAGUAAAACUGACGUUGGCCAACUGUUCAAAUGCAAGUUCCCAGUUCCUGCUUCCUUCCCCAUAUGACUGUUCAUCCAGUUGCCUAAGUUGUUUUGAUUAUUUUAGUCAUCUGUUUCAUUUCAGUUAGAAACUAAACUCUUAACUUCCUCGAUUAUUUCGUCACAACACGUUGUCUGACUUGCAUGUUCUGCCAAACUGGUUUCUAACAGCUCUGACUUUUUUACUUUGAGGCAGAGACUUGAAUGAGAGGUCGGGGUUGGCGUCGGGGAUACUGAGGUAGUGUUAACAUUUCUGAGGCUGCUUCUUUUAGCAACCUCAGGCAAAGAAUUGCUUUAACACGCUUGUAUUACCGACAGAGCAAGCUUCUUUUUGCCCAAGAGGAACUCUUGAUUUGUUGGCCUAUCUUAGGUUCCUUUUAGGACACACAUAGAUGCCAAAAAGGACUCUAGGACAAAGGGACUGUGAUUGUAACUUGGUCUCUGUGUUGGAAUUAUGGUGUUGUGGACUGGGACUGGCCUCAGCUACAGACUGCACUUAGCUGCUUAAUAGCUUCACGUCCCUUAACUGCAUUGGAGAAAAUGGAAAGGAAGGUCUUUCUGGAAAGGGAUCACCCAUUUCAUCAAAGAAAAUUUUGUCUGAGUUGAUUCACCCUUAAGCCUUGGGUAUAUUAUAUGAAAUAUAUAUUGAACACAAAUGUGUAUAUACACCGACCAGCUACAACAUUAAAAUCUGGUUUUAAUGUUGUGGCUGAUUGGGGCAUAUUAUAGAGCUAAUAGUAAACAGAUCUAUAUUAUUUUGUAUACCUGAGCAUGCUGUGGUACUGUAUGCUCUCUAACAGUAGACGUAACCACGGGUUGGAUGUUGCUUUAUCGGGUUGGCAGACGAAUGAUGAGGACUGUUUUUUUAACUGCUGUUGCUGCUGAACAUGGCGGCACACAGCAUGUGGUCAGGGAGUUUUCUGAGACCCUGUCCACAUAAGUAGCACUUAAACAAUUUGUUAAAUCCGAUUUCGAAAAGUGUUGUAGAAAAACAAACGAGUGAAUCCUGCAGUGAUUUCCAGAAAAAAAAAAAAAUCGAAAAACACGUUAAAAUUCCCCUAUGCUGCAAUAAUUGUCUUUUUAAUGUAGGUUUCCUCGGAUGUAUGGAACGACCCUGCAGCACUGGACUAAUGUCAAUAUCUGUAGGUACACUGGGGCUCAUGCAAGAACAUUUUCAUAUUCUCAUCCUAAAUCUCCUGUUUUUUCCGUGAGGUUUGUUUGUACAAGUGCUCCAAAAAUAGAUUUAGUAAACUCUCAUAACUGCGCAAAUGUCAUAAACCACUUGUCGAAUCUCAUCUGUUGAUGAGUAGGUACACUUUCGGAAUUCAUGAUCAUUAGCGUGAUCAACAUCCCCAAAUUACUAUACAAGGAUUUCUGUCCCGCUCCAUUUGUAGGCAAGUUUCAUUCACAAAAAUGUCUCUGUGAUUAAAAAAAAGCAGAAGUUCACACUGAGGACCUCGCUGUCGGGAAGCCACAGACCAAAACGUAGCAGUCAGUGGUGCUAAGGGGGACCCAAACAAAGAGAGAGAAGUAGACUGUCACUACUCUUGUUCACACUAUCAUCACAGACGUGAUAUGAAGUUAGAUGCCAAAAAACAUCUUGCUUAAGCAAAGAGGCUCCUGACUUUUAAAAGUGAUGCAGCUGAAAUAGAGAAUAUGAAAAAGAGAAUACUGUUAGGCUACAGGUGAUGUUCACUGCCAGGUGGAACGCAGGGGAUGUUUGGCUCAGAAGUGAGCAGCAGCUGAGGCAGCUGUUAGAGAGUGAAUUCUUCUAUCCAAAAUGCUUGUGCCAGUAAAAGCUAAAAAAAAAAAAAAAAAAAAAAAAAA